GCGUAAAAUUCGCUUCCAACGCCCCAAGAUUUACGCUUGGGGCGUUUCUUCGAGCCCCGCGACCAACAACCAAUCAGAAUCUCCAUGUGAAUCUCCCGCCCCGGACAUACAAAGUGAAAAACCCCGGUUCUUCUCCACUAUUGCUAAAAUGGAUGCCGUCUACAAAGGGGGGAAUACCACCUUCUCGUCCAGGAGCUCCGUCUCGAUGACCGCCUUUUUCAGAGGUACUUCAGGAUGAGCAAGGAGGUGUUCGACGAGUUGCUCGGAAAGGUGGGCCCACUGAUUACAAAGGUGGACACCCAUCUGCGUAUGUCAAUCGGCCCCGCCGAGCGACUCGCCAUCUGCCUACGGUACCUGGCAACUGGUGACUCGUACGCGACGAUAGCCUUCAGCUAUCGGGUCGGGCGUUCUACAGUGGCAGUCAUUGUCAAGGAGGUUGCGGGGGCCAUCUGGACCGCCCUGGUCGAGGAGUGCAUGCCGGUACCACAGGUGGAGGAUUGGAGAGCCAUCGCUGCUGGGUUCCAGGAGCGCUGGGAGUUUCCCAACUGUGUUGGUGCCAUAGAUGGGAAGCACGUCGUUAUCCAGGCUCCAGCAAAUGCAGGUUCCCUCUACUUUAAUUAUAAGUCCACCCACUCCUUGGUACUGCUGGCUGUGGUGGAUGCUGAGUACCUGUUCAGGGUAGUGGAUGUUGGAGGCUUUGGGAGGAGCAGCGACAGUGGGAGCCUGCGGAAUUCUGCAUUUGGAGAGAGCCUCCGAGACGGCAGUCUGCAGCUACCACCUGACACCGUCAUCGCAGGAUCAGAGCGGCGGGGCCCUCUCCCCCAUGUCUUCGUUGGAGAUGAGGCAUUUCCGCUGCUGGACAACCUUCUGCGUCCAUUCCCUGGACGUCACCUCACCCGUGAAAGGAGGUUAUUUAACUACCGCCUCAGCCGUGCCAGGUUGGUGGUUGAAUGUGCGUUUGGCAUCCUCUCAACCCAGUGGAGAAUGCUCAGGCGUGUCAUCACCACCAGCCCCGAGGUGACGGAGUUGUGUGUGAAGGCUGCCUGUGUGUUGCAUAACUUCCUCCGCAGGAAGACCAUUGAUAUGCCAUCACGCACACCUAUCGCAAGGUCCACGGAUGAAGUUACUCCAACCCUGUGUGAUGCACCGAGGAUGGGCUCCAACAAUGCCACACGGCAAUCCAUCCAACAGCGGGAGACCUUCUGCUCCUACUUCAACGAGGAGGGGGCAGUGCGAUGGCAGGCAAAUGUGGUGUAGGCCCAUAUUUGUCUCCAAACCAAAAAGCUCUUUUAAGAGCUACCCAUUUUCUUUAAAAAGCAAAUAUUCCAAAUGAGCCAUUUUAAAAUCAACCAUUCCUAAUAAACAUGUUUCUUGAAUUGAUA